AUGGGCUCUGCCCCGCUCGGGAGCCGGCUAUGGCGCUCCCUCGGUGUCCUCGUCGUGCUUCUCGUCGUGGCCACCACAUUCGCACUCGCAGCGGCGGCCGACUAUUACAAGGUACUCGGCGUCGACCGGCGGGCCUCGGACCGCGACAUCAAACGAGCCUACCGGAAAAGGGCGCAGAAGAUCCACCCCGACAAGCACCCGGACAAGCACCAGGAGUUCAUCGAGUUAAGCGACGCCUACCAGGCCCUCAGCGACCCAGAGACGCGCAAGAUCUACGACAGGCAGGGCGUCGAGGGUGUCAAGAAGCACCAGGCGCAGCGCGACAACCCGCACCAGCAGGCGCACGACCCGUUUGACAUCUUCUCGAGGUUCUUUGGCGGCGGCGGCGGAGGUGGCCACGCCGUCCGAAAGGGCCCCAGUAAGGCCUUCAACCUCGAGGCCUCCCUGGAAGACUUCUACAACGGCAAGACGUUCAGCAUCCAGUACGACCGCCACGUGCUCUGCUCGCACUGCGACGGCAGCGGCGCCGAGUCGCCCGCCCACAUCCACACGUGCGAGACGUGCCAGGGCAGGGGUGUCCGCAUCGUCCGCCAGCAGAUCAUGCCCGGCUUUGUCACAAACGCCCAGAUGACGUGCGACGUCUGCGGCGGAGGCGGCACCACGAUCGCCAAAAAGUGCCACAAGUGCAAGGGCGCAAAGAUUCUGCGCGAGAAGGCCACCGUCGACGUCGAGGUCGAGCGCGGGGCCACCGAGGGCAAGGAGUACAUCAUCGAGGGCGAGUCGGACGAGGGCCCCGACUUUGAGGCCGGCGACAUCAUCGUCCGCGUCAGCUCCAACACCGAGAAGGGCAAGUUCCGCCGGCAGGACAGCUCGCUCUAUACGACGAUGCCCAUCUCGCUCUCCGAGGCGCUGCUCGGCUUCCACCGCAACAUCACCCACCUCGACGGACGCACUUUUACCGUCCGGCGCGAUGGCGUCACGCAGCCCGGCUUUGUCUCGACGGUUGACGACGAGGGCAUGCCCAUCGCCGGUACCAUGAUUGGCGACGUCUCGGACGAGGCGUCGCGGCUCGGCAGGGACAUGAUCUUUGGCAAGCUCUACAUCGAGUGGGAGGUCGUCUUGCCGGAAAGCGUCGAUGGCAAGCUUAGGGACUCUCUCGAGACCUUGUUCGGCAAGCCAGACCUCGGUCCGGCGAUAGAGGCGUCGGCAGGCACGGCGCACAGCGAGCUGUGA